GCCGCAUUGGCCAGUCUCUCCCGCGCACGAUGCUGCUCUCGUCGUCGUCCAAGCGUAGCCGGAUCCCCGACGAUGUCCUCGAGUUCCAUCUCAAGCACAUGAACGAGUGGGUGGCCGACCGCGACCGGCCACAGUGCGUCAUUUGCAUCCGCCGCUUCAACACCUUUGUCCGCAAGCACCAUUGCCGCGCCUGUGGCGAAGUCGUGUGCAGCCAGUGCUCGCUGCACCGACACGUCCGCGACGUCCUGCCGCGCCCGUCCCUCAGUGCCCACCACCAUCAUCAUCCGCAGCAGCGAACCUCGUCGAUCAAGAACGCGACGAUCCUCACAGUGCGCAUCUGCAUGGACUGCAUUGGCGAAGUCCAAGUCUACCGCAACUCGGCCGCGCCACCAACGCUGCUGCCGCUCUCGCAGAGCCACCAAAGCACCAACAGCUACUCGUUCGGCAACAUGGAGGCCGAAGAGACGCGGCUGCUCGCGCUCUCGUCUUUUGCGAUCCUCGACACAACAGUCGAGGCCGAGUACAACGCCGUGUGCCAAGCGGCCGCCAAGACCUUUGGCUGCAGCGUCGCCGCGAUCGGCUUUCUCGAUGGAAUGCGGCAGUGGUACAAAGCCUCGCUCGGCAUCGCGCAUGCGCAGCUCCCGCGCGAACUCGCGCUCUGCACGUACCUCAUUGAGAAUCGCAUGACCAAGCCGCUCGUGGUCCGCGAUCUCACGCUCGACAAGCGGUUCGCCGAGAACCCGCUCGUCACGGGGCCGGCGCACAUUCGGUUCUACGUCGCAGUGCCGAUCGUGACGAUGGACGGACAAGUCAUUGGCACCAUCAUGGUGCUGGACACGGCACCGCGCGACGGUGUCGACGCCCGGGCCGUCGAUAUGCUUGUGCACCUCUCGUCCAUCGUGAUGGAGAUGCUCGAAGAGAACCGACGGCGCGAGCGCAACCGGCUCACAGCGAUUGAAGAGUGCUCGAUCGAGUCGGGCGGGUCGUCGUUCCGGCGGAACCUCUCGUCGUUCAUGGGCCGGACCUCGAAUGCGUCGGCGGAUACGUUUCUGCAAGCGCCCCCCGAGCCAUCGCCGAUCCCAGAGGUCGACGAAAGGUCGCCAAUGACGACCAAAAAAGCGACUGAGUCGAUCGUGGGGUCGCUCGAGCGCCACAAGCCCAAGCUCGUGGCCACGUCGGCGGCGGCGGUCGCGGAGCAGCAACACUCGUUCUGGCAGCUCCUCUCCAAGAUCUCCGAGACGCAGCAGUUGCUGGCCGAGCAGCAAAAUUCGAUGCUCGACAAGCUGAGCCAGCAGAUUGCCCGCAUCGACCGCCUCGAAGAUGCAAUGGGCCACGCACAGGACCACCUGCGCACACUAAAGAGCCAAGUGGAUGCGAUGGAGUCGGACCCGACCGAGUACAUCACGAUAUAGUAACAACAACUCUUCUCCAUA